AUGAUUGACAAUGGUUGCUGCACCUAUGGGAUUGUGACCGAGAAGCUCGUACGAUCGAAAGGCUUACCGCGCAUAGAGAUACCCCAAAUCCAGAUUGAUGGGGUGAACGAGCAGAGAAGCUCUGUUAACGCUAUUACAGAGUUUGACUUAGACGUUAGAGGAUUAAAACAACGCGCUGCGGCAUACAUUGUUUCUACAACGUACGAUUAUGACAUGAUUCUUGGAAAAUCCUGGCUAGAACGAGUUGGUGGAAUUAUUAAUUCCCGCCAACACACGUUGAGGCUGCCUCAGUACGGCAUCACCGUACGCAGUACAGAGUCACAGAAGGGGAAGACAGACUUCUCCCUAAUCUCUGCUGCAGCCUUCCAACUGCACGUACGACGAAACAGGCGAGAGAAGAAUAAGGUGCAGAUAUUUGCAGCAAGCCUUCGCGACAUCGAGAAAGCCCUUCAGAUUAAGACCCCCUUAACAGCAGAGCAAAUCCGCCAGCAACUCCCAGAAUAUUUACAGUCGUACGUACACCUCUUCCAACCAAAGGAGGGAGAUGACCUUCCACCCUUACGAGGACCCGAGGUAGACCACCAACUAGAGCUAGAACAAGAGAAUGGCAAAGAUCCAAAGAUCCCGUACGGGCCUCUCUACAGCAUGUCGAGAGACGAACUGUUAGUACUACGGAAGACACUGCAUGAGCUCCUAGACAAAGGGUUCAUACGAGCAAGCAAUUCUCCUGCAGCGUCACCAGUUUUAUUCGUACGAAAGCCAGGCGGCGGGUUGCGAUUCUGUGUUGACUACAGAGCGUUGAACGCUAUUACUAAGAAGGACCGUUAUCCACUGCCUCUUAUUAAAGAAACCCUGCACCAGAUUGGACGGGCGAAGUGGUACACUAAGCUUGACGUAACAGCUGCCUUCCACAAGAUAAGAAUCACAGAGGGGCAGGAGUGGAUGACAGCCUUCCGGACAAGAUUUGGCUCGUACGAAUGGCUGGUAACCCCCUUUGGCCUUGCAAAUGCUCCAAGCACGUUCCAGCGCUACGUGAACUGGGUUCUGAGAGACUUUCUGGAUGAAUUCGCCUCAGCGUACCUUGACGACAUUAUCAUCUUUACAGAUGGACCACUAUCCCAGCACCACAGCCACGUACGGGCAGUGUUAGACCGACUUAAGGCAGCUGGACUGCAAUUAGAGCUAAAGAAGUGCGAAUUUGACGUGCAGCGUACGAAGUACUUAGGAUUUAUUGUAGAAGCAGGGAAGGGCGUGUCUAUGGACCAAGAGAAGGUUCAGGCUAUUCAAGACUGGAAUGCGCCUACUACAGUUAAAGGCGUACGAGGAUUCCUAGGAUUUGCGAACUUCUACAGGAAGUUUAUUCCCCACUUCGCACGACUGUCUGAACCACUAGUCCAACUUACACGCAAAGACGCUAAGUUUGUAUGGGGGACAGAGCAAGAGAGAAGUUUCCGUACGAUUAAGGAAGCUUUUCUUUCUGACGAAGUCCUUGUACCCUUCGACCCAGAGCUGCCAACAGUCCUAGAAUGCGACUCUUCUGGACACGCACUAGGAGGUACUCUUUCCCAAAGAGGCCUAGACGGUGUACUUCGUACGGUUGCCUACCUAUCACGCAAGUUCCUUGCUCACGAAUGCAACUACCCAAUUCACGACAAGGAACUCCUAGCUGUAAUCUGCUGUUUGAAGGAAUGGGACGCCGAACUCCGAGGCGUACGAGAAUUCGAGGUUAUUACAGAUCACAAGAACCUUGAAUACUUUACUAAGAAGCAAAAGAUGACAGAACGCCACGUACGAUGGUCAGUCGAGUUAUCAAGAUUUGGGAAUAUGAAGAUCAGGUACAGGCCAGGGAAGGAGAACGUACGGGCCGACGCCCUCUCCAGACGAGACCAAGACAUGCCACAAGACGAGGAUGACGACAGGAUCGCAAGCAGAGAGUUUGUAAUGCUAACCCCAGCUUACCAACAAGACGGCGUACGAGUUGCUGCAUUACUCCCUCUAGUUACACCAAUAGUCUCGGACACACUGCCUCAGCCACCAAAUGAACAGGAGUUGAUACAGAACCACUGGGCCACAGCAGUAACUAAGGACGACCUCUAUCAGGAAGUGCUCCAGUCCGUACGGGAGGGGCAACGCUCAUUGUCUACGACUAGAAAGAUAGCUGUGUCCCUAGGAGACUGCGCAAUCAACUCGGACGACCGCCUUACAUGGAGAACACGUAUCUGGGUACCCGAAUCAGAACCACUUCGUACGGGCAUAAUCCAGAUAGCCCACCUAUCAUUGCAAGCAGGCCACCCAGGUCGAGAAGAGACAUACAGGAUCGUAGCAAGAGAAUGGUACUGGCCUAAGAUGAGCGACGACAUCAGACGCUUCGUACGGAACUGCGAGCUUUGCAGGAAAAGUACCCCGUGGAGAGACGGAAGACAUGGUUACCUCCGCCCUCUGCCAGUCCCAAGUCGUACGUGGCAGCACUUGACGGUUGACUUUAUUACAGGCCUCCCUCCUUCAGAAGGGAAGUCGAACCUAAUGGUAGUAAAAGACCGCCUUAGCAAAGCCGCAAUCUUGAUACCUAUGCAGAAGAUAGAGAGCCAAGACGUAGCCUGGGCCUUCGUACGAGAAGUAUACCGUCAUCACAGCCUUCCUCUCUCUAUCACGUCUGACAGAGGCCCCCAAUUCGCAAGCGCUAUGUGGGGAGAUGUCUGUAGGUUGCUAGGCAUAAGAAGAAACCUAUCUACAGCCUACCACCCACAGACUGAUGGCACGACUGAGAGAGCAAACAGCGAUAUUGAGGUAGUCGUACGGGUAUUUUGCAACAAUGACCAAGACAACUGGGCUACGCUAUGCCCAAUCCUCGAGCUAAUGCUCAACUCCCGUACGAACACGUCCACUGGCGUCUCCCCCUUCUUCCUACAGCAUGGUUACCACAACACGCCUUUCUCCCAACAAGAAGAACAUGAACGUACGGACAGUAACGAGGCAGCUAAGAAGCCCACUCAUGAGAAGGCUAAAGACAUCGUCCAAACAAUCACCUCCGCUGCAGAAUGGGCAAUCGCAGCUAUGUCGUACGCACAACAAGAACAGGAAAGGCAGGCAAACAAGUCCAGGAAACCUGCCCCUACUUACAAGGUUGGAGAUUGGGUUUGGCUCGACCUACGAGACGUACGCACUGCACGAGCCAGCAAGAAGCUGGACUGGAAGAGCGAAAAGUACCAAGUGUCACGCGUACGAGACCCAUACUGGGUAGAAUUAGCUGUCCCCUGGGAAACCAAGUCGUACCACGUCGACAAGAUCAGACCAGCUGCUACUGAUCCCCUACCCUCACAACAGACCAACGAUUCAAAUCCUGCAGCAGUCGUCGUACGAGAUGAGAACGAACAAGAAGAACAUCUUGAAUGGCAGAAGGAAAUCUAG